AUGGCACCAUACCUCCAGGAGGGCGUUACCACUGAGGUGACUGUUCCUGUUACCAAGGACCUCAAGACCGCCAAGUCCCCGUCCACUCUCAACUACGAGCCCGGCCGCGUCCCCGUCGAGACUCACGAGAACUACGAGCACGACGACCUCAAGCCUCGCUUCCCCGACAUCAAGUGGCCCGCUCUUGGUCCCAUUCCCUACGAGGACAAGGGCUUGAAGGGCGACCCCAACUUCCGCAACCUCUUGGAUGCCGCCACCGACGUCUUCGACUACAACCCCAAGAUUGGCACCGAGAUCCACGGCGUUAAGCUCGCACAACUCACCGACGCCCAGAAGAACGACCUCGCUCGUCUCAUCGCCGUCCGUGGUGUCGUCUUCUUCCGCAACCAAGAUGACCUCGACAUUGACGCCCAGCGUGAGCUUGGUGCCUACUUCGGCCAACUGCACAAGCACGCCACCACUUCGGUCCCGCGUCGCGAGGGUCUCGAGGAUGUUCAUGUCAUAUUUACCGAGGGCAACAAGGACCUCCGUUCGCUGUUCACUCCCACCUUCCUUUGGCACUCGGAUGUCACUUACGAGGUCCAGCCUCCCUCUUACACCUCAUUGAAGCUUCUCACUGGCCCCGGCCGCGGUGGUGGUGGCGACACCCUCUGGUCCUCCCAGUACGCUGCCUAUGACGCCAUGUCGCCAUACAUGCAGAAGUACCUUGAGAGCCUGACCGCUCUCCACUCGGCCCAGAUGCAGGCCGACGGCUCGACGCAGAUGGGCCGCACCGUGCGCCGCGACCCCGUCGUCACCGAGCACCCGCUCAUCCGCGUGCACCCGGUGACGGGGUGGAAGUCGCUGUUCUUCAACCCGGGUUUCGUGACCAAGAUCGUCGGCGUGCCCAAGAUCGAGAGCGACCACAUCAUCGCCUACCUCAACGAGAUCAUCGCCACGACGCAGGAGGGCCACGUCCGCUUCCAGUGGGGCAAGAACGACGUCGCCUUCUGGGACAACCGCGUUACCAACCACACGGCCACCUACGGCUUCGUGCCCCACCGCCGCCACGCCGUGCGCGUCUGCUGCCAGGCCGAGCGCCCUUACUUCAGCGAGGCAGGCAAGUCGCAGGAGGAGGAGCUCAACGAGAAGUACGGCCUGCCGCAGGUCAACAAGGACGGCGCCGGUAUCGUCAACUACAACGACUAA